UGAAAAAAAUUCAUAAAUAUCGUAAUGGCUAAAAGAAAUGAUUCACACCACGAUAUGUAAAUAAUGCUCGACAAAAGAUUCAUUAUUGCCGUCAAGGCACAUCAUUCGGUCUCCAGUCUGUCGAUUGAAAAUAUUUACAAGAUAUAAAGAAAAUAAUUACAAGAAAUAGAGACCCGUGAUUUUGGCACAUGACAAUCUCGUUGAUGUACGCAAUUAGAUAUGGGCGCAUUCCUUGAAAAUUCAAUGUUUCUUUUCAUGGACGACUCAGAACCCAUCUUGCCAAUCUUCCGAUCCACCGAGUACGGCAAUGCAGGCAGGGUUGUGGAAUUAGCAGACGUCGGCUGCGAUACGGAAACCACGUUUCCUAUACAUUUUCCACAUGGUGCGUUUGAUCGACGUCGCGGAGGAGCCGAAAGCCUCAGAUCGACUCGCAGAAUCACCAAAUGGCUCCACGAACGACCGAACAGCUUUACUCGAAGAGUUAGCGACUUAAAUAAUAAUGACGACAGAAAUGGGAAUUACAUCCGAGGGAAAAUGCGACAAAACGUUUGCAAUUACGAUGAAGAGCCUGAUGCGAAUUUCAACAAUUCGUAUACGGAAAAUUCUUAUGACCUCGAACUAUCGAAAAACAACCUCGCAGUUGAAGAAGAUAAUUAUAUCCAAUUUGUAAAUCCUCAAAAUGCAAUCGCACGUUCUCGUAGGGAACGUGUUUCGCGAUACGAUUAUUCGAGAGAUCUUGAGCCUCCAUUUAAGCAAAGUAUCCACGUACCUCUAAGAAAAAAUAUUUCUCCGCAAUGGCUUGCCGAGAGCGACAAAAAGAAUCUCUGUGAAAUUCAUAACACCGAUAUUCAAUCAGGCGAACGCAAAAAACGAACAAAAAUCCUUUCGAGAACCAAUGGAAGCUUCAAUCGCGAAGCGGAACUCGAGCAGCCUCGCGAUAUAACGAUGUAUCGCGAACAAGAUGAUCUUCCCAAUGUCGUUGAUCCCGUCGCACCUUCAAAACAAAUGUUUUGGGAUUUCAUUUCAUUCGAAAACGAUUUGGAAUGUGAAGACACAACUUUUUACAAUCCAACGAAGACAAAACAUCACGGCGGGUUGCAGAAAAUGGCGCCGCGCAGGAGAAGAUCGUACAUCUUCAAUUCACAACCGAAACGCACAAAUGUUGUUGAUUCGGACGGAGAAGAGUUCAAUGAAACGGUUAAAAAAAACAGUCGAGAAAACUUGUCGCCCAAGAAUUCAAUAAAUAGCGAGAGGUAUCGAACUUCGAAAGGUGACAUGGUGAAGGAAAAACCCAAGAUUUUGCGAUUAAAUACACCAAACGCGAAUUCUUUACGUGGUCAAUCGAUGAAGACAUCCAUUGAUAGGCAAAUUUCGAAUAUGUAUUCUACAGCAAAAGAUUCAAUUAACAUAAGGCCACAUUCGGCGACCGAAGGAAAGAAAAACAAGUUUCCGACAACCGAGAGAAGAGAAGACAUUGCAAAUACAACUGGAACGACCGUCGAUGAUCGUCGAUACCGCAACAAAUUCGUUAACAAGCUUUCCAAUAAUUCUCCCAAGAAAACAGGUCGUUUGACAAGAAUGUUUAGUCGCAUCGCAGAUUCGUCGAGCAACGGACGGAUAGAAAUGGAAAACGAAAGGGAUAAUACGAAUUCUCAUCGCGGAAAUGCUGGAAAUAGUAAAAUAGAUCAAAUCAACGUGACUGUCUCGCGAUUGACACCCGAGAAGAUAACGCAAAAUAAAAAGACAUUUUCUUUGAAAAUGACGGAUAUUUCUAUGCCGCGCAUGGAUGUAAAAAAAGAACAGAGGAAAUUCUUUUCUAGAUUACCUAUAAGAACGUGGAAACGCGUGAGAACAAAAGAACCCGCCGCAUUGCGUCCUAAGAGUGACAGAACGAACGAAGAUAAAAAACUCCAGGAAGUGGAAAACGAGACAGCAAAAUUGAAUAAUUAUUCAAAGAAGACAGAAAACGAUGACGUUUACACGAAAGAUCGCGUAGCCAUAAAUAACAACGAUAUAAAACGGAGUAAGCGUUUCGGAACAGGAUCGUCCAGUGUUGGUAAACCAGGAUUAACUUCUUUCGAUUUGAAGAGCAUAAGAAAAUCAAAGACUUAAACGCGACAACGACGACAUUCGAGCAAUGG